AUGGCCGGAUCCAACGUGGCAAAGAACAGCCCGAGGCCCAGCCCGAGCCGCACGCACGUGGGUCCCGUGCCGCGCCAGAGCCCUCUCACGCCCUCCUUUCGGAGAAUCAGCCGCACCACGUGGCCCAUGCUCGGCUGUAGCGGCGGCGCGGUUACUGCUGCGGCUAGGGCUUUUCUAGUGGCGGCGGUUGCGGCGGUGGUGGCGGCAGUGGCGGCGGUAGUUGCGGCGGCGGUGCUAGCUGGGUUUGUGGCUGGGUUUGUGGCGGCGGCUGUAGCUGCGGUUGCGGCGGCUGUAGCUGCGGUUGUAGCAGCGCUUGCAGUGAGGCCUAUAGCCGCGUUUACCGCUGCCGAUUUUAGCGAUCGAGCACCCACGUCUUUUGCGGCUGAUGCUGCUGAUGUUGAUGCCAUUUUUCCAACGGACGGUGAGGAUGAUCCCUGCAGAUGCGUUCGGAUCACAUCGAACGGCUGCAGCAGAACGCCUUCGCCUAAUAAGCUCAGGUUGUUUCAUAUGGACGCACAAAGAUCUCGCGAGAGAUUCGCGCGGCUGUUGGCGGGGGACGCGGAUGGCGCGCAGCAGCUCGGCGCGCAGCAGCAGGGGGCGAGUGGAGAGUCGUCCAGGGACGGCAAUGACAGCACGGAUCCGCUGCCGCUGGCCAUGCUGACGUGGCACGAGGACAUCACAUACGCGUCAGUGUGCUUGUUCCUUCCCGAUCCUUUUUCCCUCCCUCCCCUGCUCAAUCCCUCCUCCCUCCUUCCCACCCCUCUUCCCUCCCUGUUCCCCCCCUCUUCCCCUCAUUUCAUCCAACUCCCCAUGCCCCCACCUUCUUCCCGCCUCGCCUCCCUUUCCCCAGCUCUGCGCGUACCCAGACGACUUUUGAGGCGCCUCAAAAGUCUGCGCGUACCCAGACGAGCUCUGCCAGCAGCAUACCGCACCAGGCGCAGCGCAGGAUCAUGCCUCGUCACGCACGCACUGAGCUCGCUUCCCUGUCCUCCCCCACUCCUUCUCACCCCCCUCCUCCCCAGCUCUGCGCGUACUCAGACGAGCUCUGCCAGCGGCAUACCGCACCAGGCGCAGCAGCAUCGUCAGGCCCGUACAAAGCUCUCAUUCUAUGCGUUCUGUUUACCUCCCCUUCCCCUCUCUCUCGUCUCUUCUUCCUCUCCCCAGCUCUGCGCGUACCCAGACGAGCUCUGCCAGCAGCAUACCACGCCAGGCGCAGCAGCAGCAGGAGCAGCAGCAGCAGCAGCAGCAGCCGCAACAGAUGGUGCGGCGAUACAGGGAAAUGCCGAGGCUGGGAGUCUAGAGGCUGGGAAUGCCGAGGCUGGGAGUGCCGAGGCUGGGAACACAGAGGAAGCAGGGGCGACAGGCAAAGCAGGAGGCGAAGCGGGCCACCAGGGUUCGAUUCCUGCCGCUGUCAAAGCAGCAGUGCUGUCGGAACUUCAUAGCAACGGCUAUCUCAAGGCAUUCCAGGCGCUUGUGUCUGAGGGUCAGGGGCUGGCGGGCAGGGACGACAUCAUGGCGGAGAUCAGAGCCGUGGCGGCGGAAUGCACGCAGCUUCAAGCUGUGGCGGGCGGCUUCAAGCAAGCAGUCACCCUGCGCCGGCAGUACAGCAAGGGGAGCGCCAAGCCACCAGGGGCGAAGAGUGGGAAGGCAGGCGGGACGGUGAGCGCGGGGGCGGACCCCCUGACCGUGUUUGUGGUGGACCGCAUUCGGCAGUUCUCCAGCUGGGACACCAAGCACGCGCUGCUAGGAGCACACAGCAUCAGCGCCGCACCCUCCUCCGCCUCUUCCAAGCGCACCUCCCUCAAGCGUCUCACCAGCACGCCGGUCAACACCAACCGCCGCUCCCUCGCCAAGGCCACUCUGGUGGCUGCUGCAGUGGCGGAUUCAGGGGAUGGGACGGAUGGGGGGAAGAAGAAGGAGGAGGAGAAGCCGAAGAAGAAGAGUGGAUUUUUUAAGCUGGGGUUGAAGGAGGGGAAGGAGAAGGGGAAUGGAGGCGGUAAGGCUGGUGGCGGCGCCGGUGGUAAGGGGGAGAAGGUUUCGGUUCAAGAAAUCUUGAGAGGGCUGUAUUUAUUCAACAACGCGGCCUACAUUCAAUCCCUGUUCCCUGACCUGCGUAUGUCAAAGGAAUUCCGGCAGCUGGCAGACACGCAGAUGAACCGCUUUCUAGACGUGCUGCUCAAAGAUAUGAUGUCGUCCAUAGGAGCACCCACCACGAACAUUUCUCCAGCCGAGUUCCAGAAAAGGCUGGAUGCAUUCAACGUGGCGUUUGAGGAGCUCUGUUUCAACAUGCGCCGAUUCCACGUGCACGACUCGGUCGCGCGCACGCAGAUCCGCGGCGUAUGCCACGAGCGCAUCCUCUCCACCUACAAGGAGUUUCUCAUGCCCUUCAGGGAGGAUCUAGUGGGCUUCCCAGAGUACCGCUGGUCUGUCAGCAGCGCGAAGCGAGUCAUGCAGAAUUUCUUCAUUUAA